AUCUAACAGAUUACAGUUACACUUAUUUUGUAAAUCAUUAACGUAAUUCUGUUGCAUGUUGCAUGUUACUCCAAAAUGCUCUUCAGUUAGCCUAUACAUAAUAUAAAUGCAGGCUGCAAGUUGCUUGUAUGUAAUAUAAAUCAACACUGCAACAGAUGCAACAGAUUUCCAUUCUAACGCACAUGAUAUACUACAUCGUUCACAUUUUAAUAACUCAAACGUGUACUUCUCUUCACGAGGGAAGGCGCUUUAAUUUAGGAUGUGGCGAUAUCUUCCCAUAGCAACAGCAGCGGGAUGACGUGGGAAGGUAGCGGAUUAAACUCUUUGUAUUUGAAUGGCGCAGAAAUCAAGUGUCGCAAAUAGCCGUCAAGAUCAAUGAUGCUUCUGCGCGUGAAAUAAAACAGCAGGGCGCCUAAAAAGUUUACAUGCAACCUACAUAUCAGCAUCACGCACACGCACGCGCACGCACGCACACACACACACGCGCUCUCUCUCUGUCUCUCUCUCCAUUCUCUCUCACGCCAUCACACUCGUCACACCCGCUCCUCGGAACCGCUGCUCACCGAUUCCCGCCGAACCGUAACAACCGAACAGCUCCAGCAUGUCUUCUGAAGGAUUAGGCGAGACUCUGGUGAUUCGGUUCGGGCUGAUAAACGCCGACAACAAAUACCUGACAGCGGAGACGUUCGGUUUUAAAAUCAACGCCUCGGCGAGCUCCAUGAAGAAAAAGCAGGUGUGGACGCUGGAGCAGUCCGGUGACCACGGAGACUCCAACGCCGUGUUCAUUAAAAGCCACCUGGGUCGUUACCUCGCUACGGACAAGGACGGCAACGUGACGGCGGACGGCGAGCAGCCCGGCCCGGACUGUCGGUUCCUCGUGAUCGCCCACGACGACGGCCGGUGGUCCCUGCAGUCCGAGCCCCACUCGCGCUACCUGGGCGGGACCGAGGACCGGAUCGCGUGCUUCGCGCAAAGCAUCUCGCCCGCGGAGAAAUGGAACGUGCACCUGGCCGUCCAUCCUCAGGUGAACGUGUACAGCAUCUCGCGCAAGCGGUACGCGCACCUGUCCGAGAGGAACGAGCUCGCCGUGGACCGCGACGUGCCGUGGGGCGUGGACUCGCUGCUCACGCUCGUCUACCUGGAUCACCGGUAUCACUUGCAGACCGCCGACAACCGCUUCCUCACGUGCAGCGGUGCCCUGACGGCCAAACCGGGCACGGGCACCGGGUUCACGCUGGAGUUCCGCGCGGGGAAGGUGGCUUUCCGGGACGCGACGGGCAAAUACAUCGCGCCCACGGGCCCCACCGGGACCAUGAAGUCUGGCAAGAGCGCGCGCGUCGGCAAAGACGAGCUAUUUGUCCUCGAGCAAAGUCACGGGCAAGUGGUGCUUACCGCCAGCAACGAGAGAAACAUCUCCAUGCGCCAGGGGGUUGAUUUAUCAGCCAAUCAGGAUGAGGAGUCCGACCAGGAGGUGUUUCAGAUGGAGAUGGACAGGGAGACAAAACGCUGUGCCUUCCGCUCUUGCAAUGGGAAGUAUUGGAGUCUCACCCCGAGUGGAGCGAUCCAGUGCUCAGCCUCCACUAAAUCCCCCAGUUGUUUCUUUGAUCUCGAGUGGAAAGGGUCGAAAGUCGCUCUGAAGGCCAGUAAUGGUAAAUACCUGGCUGCCAAAAAGAACGGACAGCUGGCGGCGGCCGUGGACUCUGCAGGUGAGCAGGAGGAGUUUGUGUUGAAGCUCAUCAACAGGCCGUUGAUAGUGCUGCGUGGGGAACAUGGAUUUAUCGGUUGCCGCAAACAAGGAACUGGAACACUGGAUUCCAACCGCUCGUCCUAUGACGUCUUCCAGUUAGAGUACAACAGCAACGCUUACAGCCUCAGAGACUCAGCGGGGAAGUAUUGGACGGUGGAGGCAGACGGCUCUGUGAUCAGCAGUAGUGACGCACCUGUCUAUUUCCACUUUGAGUUCUGUGAUUACAAUAAAGUGGCCAUUAAGACAAAGGAGGGCAAGUAUCUGAAGGGAGACCAUGCCGGGGUGCUUAAAGCCAGGGGCCAGGGCAUUGCUGAUGCAACAUUGUGGGAAUACUGAGAAACUUUCAGCUAUCUACACACACAAACAAACAUGUGUGUUCUCUAAAUCUAUACGUAAACAUAACACAUUCUCUGCAGAAUAAGCACAUGAUAACAUGCAAUCCAUAUGAACACAACAUACAAAGAUAUCUCAGCAUAAUCUAAUGGAUCAAGGCACAAAACACAUUUGAAUGUAUAAGUAUGCACAAAUGAUCACAAUGCACAAAUUAGCUUAACUCGUUAAAUUAGUUAAUAGAUAGUUCAGGCAAAAAUAUAAAUUGUGACAUUAUUUACUCAUCCUCAGAUUACUGACACCUGUAUGACUUUAUAUAUUUUGAAGAAAACACCCCGAAAGGCACUGAACCUUUUUGAUUUUCAUUGCAUAAACAAAAAUGCAACCAAAGUAAACAAGAGCGAAAAAUUGUUUGUUUAUCAGCUAUCUUCAAAAUAUCUUCUUUUGUGUUCAGCAGAAGAUACAGUUCGGAACAACACAAGGGAGACUAAAUGAUGACAGAAUUUUCAUUUUGGGUGAACUGUCCCUUUAAGACAAGCACAAACUGAUGGUGUACUGAUAAAAAAAAAUACUGUUUAAACUGGAACUGAAUCAUGAUGAAAUUUGCUCAAACUAAAGAUAGCAGUAACACUUUACGAUAAGAUUUAAUUUAACUUAUAAGAUGAACUAUAACUCUUCUACAGUAUAGUUAAUGUUAAUUUCAACAUUUACUAUACAUUUUUAAAAUCACAAUUUGUACGCAUUAGCAUUAGUUAAUGCACUGUGAACUAACAAAUGAACAGUAAGUGCAUUUUUUAAUAACUAACAGUAACACUGAUAAAUAAAUGCUAAAUAAACAUUUAACAUUAAUAAAUGUGAGCUUAUGUAAAGUGUUACCAAACGAUUAAUGGAGUGAAAUUCUGUCACGAAACCUUGCAAAAAUACAUUGAGCAGUUUAAUGCACAUCAUGUAGGCCGAUUCAAGUCACUGUCUCUGCCUUUCGAUCCUUUCAUGGCCUUAUUUUGCUCAUCAUAAUAUCCGUUUCUGGGAAAUUUUGAAUCGAAAUGUGCUAUUACAUAAUGGUCAAUAAUUUGCUUAUGCAAAAUGGGCAUGCAACGGUGUCUCAUAAGCUGAGCCUUCGGCCAUAGGGUUUGUUCCUGUUCGCAAAAUCAUUUUUAGAGCGAACUGGCUUCUGUAAUGAGGCCAGGUUUUAAAUAGCUGCACCGUGUCACACAAAAAAACUGGAGAAAUACGCUUGUUCACAUCAGAGAGACAUUUCGAUAUCCCUGCACACAAAUACACAGACACACAGAAUCAGUCAGAAGCAUUUCAUUUGUUUGUCAAACUGUUACUUGUGGUGUUUGUGUCCAUUUUGGGUUACAUGACUCGUAUUCAGCAUUACAGUGUUUAUGCUAUCUCUGGCUAUCAUUGAUAACGUGUUGAUUUGCACUUUUUCGGCUAAAGCUUUUCAUGUGAAUGUGCUGAAAGAAAAAGACAAAGCGUUCGUGCCUUCCUCGGUGGGAUAAGAUCUCCCACUAAGGUGUGAAAAUGCAGUUUUUUUGAACUUCAUUUUUAUUUUGUUCUCAUUAUGUGCCAUUGCAACUGGACAUGACAAUGAAAUAAACAGAACAUUUCAGAAAGUAAA